AUGGCUGCCAAGCUGUUUGAAUCCAUCGGCAAGUUUGGCCUGGCCUUGGCCGUGGCGGGAGGUGUGGUGAACUCGGCCUUGUACAAUGUGGACGCUGGGCACAGAGCGGUCAUCUUCGACCGGUUCCGCGGCGUGCAGGACAUCGUGGUGGGGGAGGGGACGCACUUCCUCAUCCCCUGGGUGCAGAAACCCAUCAUCUUCGACUGCCGCUCCCGGCCCCGCAACGUGCCCGUCAUCACGGGGAGCAAAGAUUUACAGAACGUCAACAUCACCCUGCGUAUCCUCUUCCGCCCGGUCGCCAGCCAGCUGCCCCGCAUCUUCACCAGCAUCGGGGAGGACUACGAUGAGCGCGUGCUGCCGUCCAUCACCACCGAGAUCCUCAAGUCCGUGGUGGCUCGCUUUGACGCCGGAGAACUCAUCACCCAGAGAGAGCUGGUCUCCAGGCAGGUGAGCGACGACCUCACGGAGCGAGCCGCCACCUUCGGGCUCAUCCUGGACGACGUGUCCCUGACGCAUCUGACCUUCGGGAAGGAGUUCACAGAAGCAGUAGAAGCCAAGCAGGUGGCCCAGCAGGAAGCGGAAAGGGCCAGGUUCGUGGUGGAAAAGGCGGAGCAGCAGAAGAAGGCAGCCAUCAUCUCUGCGGAGGGCGAUUCCAAAGCCGCCGAGCUGAUCGCAAACUCGCUCGCUACGGCGGGCGACGGGCUGAUCGAGCUGCGCAAGCUGGAAGCCGCCGAGGACAUCGCCUACCAGCUGUCCCGCUCCCGGAACAUCACCUACCUGCCGGCCGGGCAGUCGGUGCUCCUGCAGCUUCCCCAGUGA